AUGACGGUCUUCCUGGCUUCUCUUUUUCUCCCAUAUACCAUCGACUUCAAGACAGCUGGUCAGAAACCUGGGCGUCGCAGGUCUUCACCCACCUAUGCUGUCGAUGGAUCCGGGUCCGGUCCCAUUGUCGGGCGUCUGCCUCGCCCGCGAUCCACCAGUCUUGAAUUGACUCCGGGUGCCACGACAGAAGAUGAGAAGAUUUUCAAAGCCUACGCCUCGCAAUCAGCAGGUGAAAUUCCCAGUACCGAUGAUCCCAAAGGGCCCAGUCCCAAUGAACCUCGCGCCAUGCCCUGGGGCAAAAGUCGCAAGUUCAACCAGCCCCGGUCCAAGGCAACCACUCAUCCAGAGCCGUCGAUUCUCAGUCGUCCAGGCUCGCGACAGGGAUCCAAGGACUCUUUCUUGGGUGGGGCGCCGGAUCGACUGGGCCUCAUGCCCCAAGGAAGUCCCCGGGCACUGCUUUCAGCUGUGGACUGGGUCGUCAAAGCUGCUGAACAGGGCCAUGGCGGGCUUCAAAAUGCCAUUCAUGCUGCGGAGGAGGCGGGUAUUUUGCAGAAGAAGAUGUGGGUAGGGACGUUGGGUAUGCCAACAGACUCUCUAACAGAGAGGACUCGAGAUCUCAUCGAUGAUACUCUUCGCGACGACUACGAGUCCUUGACUGUGUUUGUUGGGGACAGCGAAUUCGAAGGCCAUUAUGCCCACUUCUGCCGCUCAGUGCUCUGGCCUGCCCUACACUAUCAAAUGCAGGAGACUCCCCGACACACAGAGUAUGACGAUUACUCCUGGAAGCAGUAUCUCAAAGUCAAUGAGGCAUUCGCCGACGCCAUCGCUACACAUUGGAAACCCGGCGACUGUAUCUGGGUUCAUGACUAUCAUCUCCUUGCCCUGCCUACACUUCUGAGAAGGAGACUACCUCAAGCAGAGAUCGGAUUCUUCCUGCAUACCGCGUUCCCUUCUUCGGAGAUUUUUCGCUGUUUGAAUCCUCGAGAGGCUUUACUGGAUGGUCUUCUAGGUGCAGAUUUGAUCGGAUUCCAGACAGAAGAAUAUUGUCACCAUUUUCUUCAGUCCUGCAGUCGGCUUCGCAGACUCGAAGUCUCAGUCGAUGGUGUUCAAGUCAAUGAUCGUUUCGUUCAUGUUAAGAACUAUCCCCUUGGAAUCGACUACAAGUCUCUCAACGUGCUGCGUCAGUCAGCCGAGGUCAAAGAUUGGAUCUCCAAUAUAUCUGAAAGAUACCAGGGCAAACACUUGAUUGUGGCUAGAGAUCGGCUUGAUACACCGGGUGGUAUCAAGCAGAAGCUUCUGGCAUAUGAGGUUUUCCUGGAAAGCUAUCCGAAGUGGAGACAGAAUGUCGUCCUCGUCCAAGUUGCAUCAUCGAGGUCAGAGAUUCCAGAGCUAGAAGCUCAAGUGUCGAAGAUCGCCAUGAGGAUCAACUCUGUUUAUUCGACUCUCACCCACUCACCCUUAGUCCUACUGCAGCAGGAUAUCAGCUAUUCCCAAUUUCUCGCCCUGUUGAGCGUCGCCGAGGUUUUUAUGGCCACAAACCUCCGCGAGGGUAUGAACCUGACCAGUCACGACUUCAUCCACUGUCAAGAUGGUGAGCUUGCCACCCAGCAGUACGGCUCACUCAUUCUGAGUGAGUUCACGGGUAGUGCACGCAUUUUCCAUGGCCAUCCACUCCUCGUCAAUCCAUGGGACUAUAAAAAAUGCGCGGAUGCAAUCAACAUGGCUCUCGAAAUGCCGACAAAGCAAAAGAAGUGCAACUGGGAGUUCCUCCUUGCCCGUAAAUCCCCCCAUACCGCACUGGCUUGGUACUCGUCUCUCCAGUCCGCCCUCCACGAAGCUCACAGCAUGCAGCAGUCCCGCGACAUGCACACAAUCUCACCAGUAGACACAGACGCUCUAAAAGAGGCCUACAACGCCUCACGAAGCCGUCUCCUCUUCCUCGAAGACGGUGCAACAUUCAGCCAGGCACCAUUUCCCUCUCCUACAGCAACUGACACUCUCCAAACCCUAGCCACCGACCCCAAAAACACAAUCUUCUUAACCAGCAACCACAGUCCCGACCAACUCACCACUCUCACGACAUCCCUACCCUCCGCAAUCGGCUUCAUUGCCGAAAAUGGCUGCUUCAUCAAACCAUCCAACGGCACCUGGACACCCCUCGUCGAUGUCGACGACACCCGCAACUGGCGCGCUGGCAUCAGAAAGGUUAUAGAAUAUUUCCACGAACGCACAGAGGGCAGCACAAUCUCCGAACGCCGCUGUUCACUAACUUUUCACUACGACGCAGCCCUUGACGCCGACACAGCCGCGCACCAAGCCUCGGAACUGGCUGAUCAAAUUAACGGCGCCCGAGGCAGCGAGGCUAUUCGCGUUGUUCGAGAUGCUACAGCUGUCAGCGUUGAGCCUUUGCAUGUCUCUAAGGCUACGGCUGCGGCGAAGAUCAUUGAUAUGGCGGAGAAGUAUCCGGAUUUUGUCUUUGUGGCGGGUGGUGCAAGGGGCGAUGAAGCCUUGUUUCGCUGGGCUAAUCGGUUGAAUUUGCCGAGGAGUGAGAAGGUUGAGCUUGUUGCUGUUACGACCAUUACGGCUGGGAAACAUGCUACUGAGGCUAAGGCGAGAUUGCCGGCUGGGGUUUCGUUGCUGGAGCUGUUGGGUCUUCUUGUGCCUGUGCCGGUCAAGAAAUGUCUAGAUGAGGGUGAGGUGCUGACGGAGUAG